UAAUUGUUAUCAGAGCAUCACAGCACCUAACACCGUAUUCCUUCACAAUCCCAGCUUGAUAACGAACUUGAAAAUCCAUUGGAAGAUAUAAAGUAAACUGUUGUUCUCCAGAGGUUGAAUGCCUGAUAUCCAGAUAUGUAUACAGUGUAAAUCUCGGAUGUAUUGAGCUGUAUGGCCUCAUCCCACCACGUGAUCCUCUGAUACGCCCGUGAUCACGUGCACCAUGGACCCUGGGCAGACCACACGAUGUCGGACGCAGCUGUACAAGUUGGACACAGUAUUCGUCAAGCGACUAUGGCGGCUGUUGAAAACCAUGUUCCCGACAUGGAAACACAUCACCACACUACUCACAGUUACCCUUCUCGUCCUCUCAGUUCUAGAGCAAGUCGUCAUCAACAAGGUUGGGUUCAUUGCUAGCGGAUACUACAAGGUUCUGGGGGAAAGAGAUGGCAGUGGUUUCGCUUCCCAGACGGCCAAAUCUGUAGGCUUCAUCCUGGCCGAAUGUCUGAUCUACAGCAGUAAGACAUUCGUAGGUUCGUAUCUGUACGUAACGUGGCGAGAACUCGUCGGGCGCAACCUUCAUAAGCAGUACUUCCAGGACAUCAAAUACUACCACGUGGGGAUAGGAAGCACACUCAUAGAUAACCCUGACCAGCGGCUGACCCAGGAUACUGACCGUCUAUGUAACCUCUUCAGUCAAAUUUUCAUUAACAUCGUCAUCACCCCUGCCGUCAUCAUCUACUACACGUACGACGCUGCGAAAAGCACUGGGUACAGUGGACCAGUUGGUGUGAUAAUACUGUUUGCAGCAACGACGACAGUCAACUACUUCCUCAUGACCCCCAUUGUCAACAUCUUCUACCAGCAGAAGAAGCGAGAAGGUGACUUCAGGUUCAAGCAUAUGCACAUCCGCAUUAACUCGGAACCGGUUGCGUUCUACAAAAGUGGAGAGCUGGAGCGGGAGCGAGCUGACAACAGACUGAGGAAACUUCUGAACACCCAGUCCUCUCUUAUAAGGAGGCAAUAUGCCCUCAACGUUCCCAUCUCCAUCUUCGACAACAUGUACCUGUCCACCAUCCUCAGCUACAUCGCCAUCUGGUUCCCCAUCUUCCACGGCGUCUACGACAACCUCUCCGCCGUCGAACUCUCGUCAUUUAUCAGCAAGAAUGCCUUUGUCGUUGGUUACAUGGUAAGCAGUUUCCAGAGUCUUGUUGACAUCUCUGCCAAGAUGGCGGACCUCGCGGGAGUCACACACAGAAUUGGACAACUCACAGAGAAACUCCAGUCCAUCAAAGACCUGGAGACCGAGCAGAGUGAGGGGGAGCGUGCCAGUCCAGACAGAUCGGGGAGUAUUGAAAUGACGAACUACAGUCGGCAGACAGAGAGGCGGCAAAAGGCUUUCCAGUGUCACGAUGUGACCUAUGCACCCCCGGACGUCGACGUCAUGCUGUGUAAAAAUAUAAGCUUCCAGCUGGAGAGUGGAGUUAACGUCCUAGUUACAGGAGACAGCGGCUGUGGGAAGAGUGCCCUCCUACGAGUCAUCAAUGGCUUGUGGACAAAUGCUACAGGUCGCGUAGACCGGUAUCUGAAGAAUGGUCGACAUGGCAUCUUCUACCUUCCACAGAAACCAUACUUCACGAGCGGCUCAAUCAGAGAACAGAUACUUCACCCGUCAACUGAAGAUGAGGGAUUUGUUGGCUUGGAGAGAAUGCAUGACGUUUUGUCCCUGGUGGGUCUGACGGGUCUGCUUGCAAGGGCAGGGGGUCUGGACACAGACCCAGAGUGGAACUGGUAUGAUGAACUUUCGCAGGGAGAAAUGCAGAAACUGGCAUUUGCUAAAUUGUUCUAUCACCAGCCAGCGUUUGCAGUGUUGGACGAGUCUACCAGUCAGCUUGGUAUCCGUGACGAGAACGCCAUGUAUGAAGCAUGUAGCAGACUGGGAAUGACGGUGGUCAGUGUGAGUCACCGGCCUAGUGUCAGGGAGUUCCACCAGAUGGAGCUCCACCUGGAUGGCGAGGGCGGGUGGCACAUGGCUGCCAUUGUUGACCCACAUACAAGGACAGAGGAAUCUCAAGCUUGAGACAUAACAUCUUACACCUUCUUAAAUUUAAUGCUGUAAUUCCACAGGUUUUCCAAGCAGAUGUAUACUUUAGAUCGUGAUUGACAACAGUACUGCAUCUUGACAUCUUUCCUGUAAUAUUUGUUUGUGUAAAAGAAUGAAAAGGGCUAAAGAAAAACAAAUAAAUAUUCAACUUUUCAAACAAUUUAUUUAAUUUAUAGUGUAAAAACAGGUCUUUGCAAAAUAUGACACUGUAUGAACAUGCAAUCCAAUCUUUCUACCACAUGAUCCCAAACAACAUACAAAAAACACCCUUCCAGCAUACAAGAAGGCACCAAAUCAUCUGCUACUGUUUUGUUCGCCAACACAACACUGCAGUUUACAUUAACACACAUUCAAACUAAAAUGUUAG